CUCUCCCUCUCUCUCUCUCUCUCUCUCUCUCUCUCUCUCUCUCUAAGAUAGUAAAAGAAAAGUGUUCCAUAUAGCGCCGGUUCGGCAGAUUUCAAACCCUAGAGUUUGGAUUGUGAGGAGUCUGCGCCAUUGUUGGAUGAGUUAGUGUUCGUCCUUCUUUGUGAUUCUGCUCGAUUGGAACCCUAGCAUUUGGAUCCUUGGGAUCUGGAUGUCUGGUGAGGAGUGAAGAUCUAGAUCGGAAUAUGGAGGUGGGAGGAGUUCCGCCGGAGGUGAACAAUGGGCGGACGACCGUAAGUGAGAGCCUGUCGACGGUGAUGGCCCCUUCUACGCAGCCAUCUUCGUUGACCGUAUCGGCGUCUUUUAGGGAAGGAGGAGGAGGUGGGGGUAAGAACUCGUCACGACGGAGGUCGGUGCGACCGAGCUUUGACGCUGACAACGAGUUCAUCACGUUACUCCAUGGCUCGGAUCCGGUGAAAAUUGAACUCAAUCGGCUCGAGAACGAUGUCAGAGAUAAGGAUCGGGAAGUAUGCGAAGCACAAGCGGAGAUCAAAGCAUUGAGGUUGUCGGAACGGCAGAGAGAGAAGGCUGUUGAAGAGCUCACCGAGGAGUUGGGAAAGAUGGAGGAAAAGCUCAAAUUAACCGAAGCUCUACUUGAGAGUAAAAACCUUGAAAUUAAGAAAAUUAAUGAAGAAAAGAAGGCUUCCAUGGCAGCUCAGUUUGCAGCAGAAGCCACUCUGCGACGGGUUCAUGCUGCACAGAAGGAUGAUGAUAUGCCUCCCAUUGAAGCUAUCCUCGCGCCUCUAGAGGCUGAACUUAAGCUUGCAAGACAAGAAAUUGCAAAACUUCAAGACGACAACAAGGCAUUGGACCGACUAACCAAAUCAAAAGAAGCCGCUUUGCUUGAAGCUGAAAGAACCGUUCAGACUGCAAUGGCAAAGGCUUCAAUGGUUGACGAUCUCCAGAACAAGAACCAAGAAUUAAUGAAACAAAUAGAAAUCUGCCAGGAAGAGAAUAAAAUUCUGGACAAGUUGCACAGACAGAAGGUUGCUGAAGUUGAAAAGCUUACCCAGACUGUGCGAGAGCUAGAGGAGGCUGUUCUUGCUGGUGGUGCGGCUGCAAAUGCUGUGAGGGAUUACCAGAGGAAAGUCCAAGAGAUGAAUGAAGAGAGAAAAGUUCUUGACCGGGAAUUGGCCCGUGCAAAGGUGACGGCAAACAGAGUUGCCACUGUAGUGGCAAACGAGUGGAAAGAUGCUAAUGACAAAGUGAUGCCUGUAAAACAAUGGCUUGAAGAACGGAGAUUUUUGCAGGGAGAAAUGCAACAACUGCGUGAUAAGCUUGCAAUAGCUGAGCGGGCUGCAAAAUCCGAAGCCCAACUGAAGGAAAAAUUUCAAAUGCGACUCAAAGUGUUAGAGGACAGUUUGAGAGGGUCUUCCAGCGGCGGCAACCGAGGGGCAUUCGAUGGAAGAAACGUUACUAAUGGACCUUCUCGUAGACAAUCCCUCGGUGGAGCGGAUAACAUGUCGAAGUUUUCAUCAAAUGGAUUUCUGUCAAAGAGGACACCUAGCUCUCAGUUGAGAUCUUCAAGCAGCGGUAUUAGUACAGUAUUGAAACAUGCAAAAGGAACAUCCAGAUCAUUUGAUGGGGGCACCAGAUCUUUAGACAGGGGUAAAGUGCUAACCAAUGGAUCAAGAUCAAAUUUUCUAUUCAACCAGUCUUCUGGUGAGGGCGAGACAUCUAGUGCAGCGAAAGAUGGAGAUUCAGACGAAAAGCCGAAAGAGAAGCCAGCGACAAUAAAUAACGAGGAUAGUGUACCAGGGAUCUUAUACGAUUUGCUGCAGAAGGAAGUGAUAACUUUAAGGAAAGCAUCCCAGGAGAAAGACCAGAGCAUUAAGGAUAAGGAUGAAGCUAUAGAGAUGUUGGCAAAGAAGGUGGAAACACUGACAAAGGCGAUGGAAGUGGAGGCGAAGAAGAUGAGAAGAGAGGUAGCGGCCAUGGAGAAAGAGGUUGCGGCCAUGCGUGGCGUGGAGAGCAAGUCCAGACGGUCCGCAAAGGGUUCUUCAAGCACGGCUCAGCUGCUUUCUGGAAGGGCAUCGGGAAGGAGCGGGAUGACAAGGAGCACUCAAUAAAGUAAAGAAAGAAAUCGGCCUUCCCUUCCACGGCCAGAAAGAGAAAAAAAGCGCCCCAUACGAGGAAUACCCGAAAUUGGUGUAUGCUGUUCUCUCUCUCUCUCUCUCUAACAUGUUAGAUUCUUAUUGUCCUAACCUUUUUGGUGGUGUCUUCUUCUUCGUAAUUAUUCUUUAAAGAUCUCUCACUCCCGAAGCUGUGUUUUCAUUAUUGUGUGAUUACUAUUAUUGUUAUUAUGUAAAAAGGGUAGAGUCUCUCUCCCUCUCUCCGUC